ACCUCUGGAUGCGGAGCCGGAUGUGACGUCUUCGUGGAGUAAAGGAGAGGAGGAGCGUGGCGCGGUGACGUCCUCCCAAGAUGGCGGAGAGAGAGUGAGGAAAUUGUGAUCCCCGUUGGAUUGUUGUAAGUGAGUUCUGUCUUGGCUCCCAGCGCGCUAUCCCGGCACUCUCCAGACCCUGGGCCAUUGUGGGGCGCGCACCAUGACGUUCGAGCUCAGAACAAGAGUAAAAUUCCAUUCUGAUACCAAAAUGCAGUAUUCGCACCACUGUGAGCACCUUUUAGAGAGACUGAACAAACAACGGGAAGCAGGGUUUCUUUGCGACUGCACCAUAGUGAUUGGGGAAUUCCAGUUUAAAGCUCACAGGAACGUGCUUGCGUCGUUCAGUGAGUAUUUUGGUGCGAUCUACAGAAGCACUUCUGAGAACAAUGUCUUUCUUGAUCAGAGUCAGGUGAAGGCUGAUGGAUUUAAGAAACUGUUGGAGUUUAUAUACACGGGAACUUUAAAUCUUGACAGUUGGAAUGUUAAAGAAAUUCAUCAGGCUGCUGACUAUCUCAAAGUGGAAGAGGUGGUCACUAAAUGUAAAAUAAAGAUGGAAGAUUUUGCUUUUAUUGCUAAUCCCUCUUCUACAGAGAUAUCUAGUAUUACUGGAAACAUUGAAUUGAAUCAACAGACUUGUCUUCUUACUCUACGAGAUUAUAACAGUCGGGAGAAAUCAGAAGUGUCUGCAGAUUUAGUUCAGGCAAAUCCUAAACAAGUGGCUUUAGCAAAGAAGUCAUCUCAAACUAAAAGGAAAAAGAAGGCUUUCAACUCCCAGAAAACAGGGCAGAAUAAAACAGUGCAAUAUCCCAGUGACAUUUUAGAGAAUGCAUCUGUUGAAUUAUUCCUAGAUGCAACUAAAUUAUCCACACCUGUGAUAGAACAGGUUGCACAAAGAAAUGAUAAUUCAGAACUCGAGUUGACAUCAGUUGUGGAAAAUACUUUUCCAGCACAAGAUAUUGUGCAAACUGUUACAGUGAAACGGAAACGUGGAAAAUCACAGCCAAACUGUGCUCUGAAAGAACACUCUAUGUCUAAUAUAGCCAGUGUCAAGAACUCUUAUGAGCUGGAAAGCUCUGGGGAAGAGCUGGAUCAGAGGUAUUCCAAGGCCAAGCCAAUGUGUAACACAUGUGGGAAAAUGUUUUCAGAAGCCAGCAGCUUGAGAAGGCACAUGAGAAUACAUAAAGGCGUCAAACCUUAUGUUUGCCACUUGUGUGGAAAGGCAUUUACCCAGUGUAACCAGCUGAAAACGCAUGUAAGAACUCACACAGGUGAGAAGCCAUACAAAUGUGAAUUGUGUGAUAAAGGAUUUGCUCAGAAAUGCCAGUUAGUCUUCCAUAGUCGCAUGCAUCAUGGUGAGGAAAAACCCUAUAAAUGUGAUGUAUGCAAUUUACAAUUUGCAACUUCUAGCAAUCUCAAGAUUCAUGCAAGGAAGCAUAGUGGAGAGAAGCCAUAUGUUUGUGAUAGGUGUGGACAGAGAUUUGCCCAGGCCAGCACACUGACCUAUCACGUGCGUAGGCAUACUGGAGAGAAGCCUUAUGUCUGUGAUACUUGUGGGAAGGCAUUUGCUGUCUCUAGUUCUCUUAUCACUCAUUCUCGAAAACACACAGGUGAAAAACCAUACAUAUGUGGUAUUUGUGGGAAAAGUUUUAUUUCCUCAGGAGAACUCAACAAACACUUUCGAUCCCAUACAGGAGAAAGACCAUUUAUCUGUGAAUUAUGUGGAAAUUCUUACACAGAUAUUAAAAAUUUAAAGAAGCACAAAACAAAAGUCCAUUCUGGGGCAGAUAAAAUUCUAGAUUCUAGUGUAGAGGAUCAUCCCUUGAGUGAACAAGAUUCCAUACAAAAAAGCCCUUUAUCAGAAACUUUGGAUGUGAAGCCUUCUGAUAUGACUUUACCACUAGCUCUUCCGCUUGGGACUGAGGAUCACCACGUGCUUCUGCCUGUCACAGAUAAUCAGUCUCCUACAUCGGAUACAUUGUUGAGGUCAACAGUGAAUGGAUAUUCAGAACCACAAUUGAUUUUUUUACAGCAAUUGUACUGACUUUGUGAGGAUUUAUGGACUUGCUAAGACAUCUCUGGUAGUAAACAUAAAUAUUUCUGGUAAAGUGCAUAUACUCAAAUUACCGUUCAUUUGAGUUGUGACCAUUAUUUUUCAUUCACUGAAGUAAAAGCACCUGCUGCUGCAUCAUAAUUGUGCAAUGCCUGUUUUGAUUUUUGGCUUUUAUGUCUAGAUUAUACACACAGCUUUUUAAGGAACGAAUUAUACUACAGUAGCACUAUUUUAGGUGGUUACGUUUGAUUUUCUCUUAGAGCUGCCUUAAUUCCAUUUUUAUUUUGCGUUUUACAAUUGUCUUUCAUUUAUUAAAAGUGGAACCUGUAAGUUCAUACAAUUCAGUUUUGACCUGUGGCAUUUAAAAUUUUUCUUCCCCUCAAAAUUGAAGCAAAAUCCAUGAUGGUAUCAGUCCAAGAGUGUUGCUGUUACCAAGCCCCGUAGAACAAUAUGUAAACUAUGAGGGAAAAUAUAAAAUUUCAUAUUUCUGCCUAAGAAAAUUUAGGUACUGAAUAAGAAUUGUGCUAUUUCGCUAUUGAUAUACUUCAUUGAAGGUAACUUUUCUAAUGAAACAAAAAGAUGUGUUUCUCUUACAAGGUAAAAGUAUAUAAAAAUUUAGAACUCAAUAUUCUGGAGAAAACUAGUGGUCAGUACUUUUGAUUUGGGUUAUCUGAAACUACAUUUUCAACAUGAAUUUAAAUAGAUAUUUGGUGUUUUUACUUUGUUAAAAGACAGUUUCAAAAUUUGAUCAGUUUUCUAGAUUACUGAAGAUGAGGAAAAUAUACGAAGUUUCUAAAAAUUUUCAUAAGCCUCUCUUAUACCUGUCAUGCACUUUUUAAAAUAUUAAAUUCUAAAAAUUUAAUAUUUUAAAUAUAAGUAUAUUCUAAAUAUAAAUUUAAUGCAUACCAUGAAUCACUUGGCUUCUGAAUUUGAUACAUUACAUAGAUUUAAGAAAUUAAUUUCAGUUACAAGUAAACUUUUGAGUUAUCAGAAAGCCAAUUUAUUAAACAUUUUAUAUUUAUGUUUUCUAUAAAUUUUGAGUUUUAAAAUUUUAUAAAUUAUACCACAUUUUGUUGUUGUUGUAGUUUCACAGUAGUCCUUUUCCUUCCUAAUGAACGUAGAAAAUUCAGUAUUGUUCUGGUAUUUUCCCAUCCCACUUUUCCCACAGACUGAUUUAUUUUACUGCCUGAUCUUUGGACAUUAAAUUAUCAGUUCCACAAAGGCAUUUCUACUGCUGAUCAAACUCCACGGUGACUCUAAUUUCUGCCAUGCAUUAGUUAUGACUUGUUUUUUGUGUUAAACUACACCUGUAAUAAAGUUAAUGUAUUUUCUA